AUAUUCCAGUGGGACGCCGACCAUAUCGCACUCCCAGAUGGAAUCAGUGUUCAAACUAGCUCUUUAUUCAAAUAUAUCCAGACAGUAGGCUAAUAAGCUGUGGAUGUUGUGGAAUGUAGAGUUCAUCUAGGUCUACCUACAGAGAGGAUGCUGUGUUUUGUCGGGGGGUAACAAGUUUACCCCUGCGGACAAGCCCACAGACUCAGAGAUGGCUGUGCCUAGGAAGAGGUUCUCCUCUGUCUGCUCCUCGUCCUCAGCUGAAGAAGACAGCGCAAGCCUCCAUGACAGUGACCCCAUUUCUGCCACUGAUCCACCCAGUGAACAAGAACAUCCCUAUGCAUCUCUGCUCUGUUGUCAUCGUGUCCAAGACUCUUUGCUGAGCUCCAACAGCAGCUUCACCAGAUACAGAGGCAUCCUUAACUGGAUCAUCAUUCUCCUGGUCCUGACUCAUGCUCACUUGUUCUUGGAGAAUUUCAUACAACAUGGCUUUUUGAUAGAUGUCAAAAAAGUCAUGGAGCAUCUCAUUGAGGACAACUGCAACUGGCCAUCUGUCAACCUCAUACUGGCUUCCAACAUCUUUGCCAUUACAGCUUUGCUCCUUGAGAGAUUUCAGGAAAAGGAUAUGCUGUCCCCCACCAAUGCUCAUCGUUUACAUCUCACAAAUCUGGGGUUGCUCCUGCUGUUUCCUGCGGCAGUGAUUGUACAUGAGCCCACAAUAUCAACAGGUGGAGCAUUCUUCUCUCUCUGGUUCUACACUGCUCUGGGGAUGAAGCUUUAUUCAUACCAGGAAACUAAUCGCUGGUACCGACAAGCUCAUUUAACUAAUGCAGAGACAGACAAGAAUGUCUCUGUUGCAGAAAAAGCCCACAAUGAGCAUCUUACUUUCCGAGAUCUGUAUUAUUUCCUACUUGCCCCCACUCUGUGCUACCAGAGAGACUUCCCAUGUACUCCUAAGGUCCGCAUCAAUAAGCUACUGCACAGGCUGCUGGAAAUGGUGACCGUUAUCCAGAUCAUGGUUGGAAUUGUGCAGCAGUGGAUUGAGCCCAUCUUCCAGAGAUCAGAAAACUCCUUCUCUAUUAUGGACAUCACUAUGAGAGUGGAGCACCUGGUGGGACUAGUGGCACCAACCCAUUUCCUCUGGCUCCUCUUCUUCUUCUUGAGUCACUCCUACCUGAAUUUCUGUGCAGAACUGCUACGCUUUGGUGAUCGACAUUUUUAUGGAGACUGGUGGAACGCUACAACUCUGAUCGCUUUCUGGAACAAUUGGAAUAUUCCCUUUCAAAAGUGGUGCCACAGACAUGUGUACACACGGUUGGUGGAAAAGAAUGUGUCUCCAUCACGAGCAGAGUUAAUGGUCUUCCUGAUGUCAGCUGCUCUUUGUGAGUAUAUGAUUGCUUUGCCCCUGCAUAGCUGUCGCCUGUGGAUCUUACUCAUGAUGGUAUUUGAGCUUCUGGUUGCAGUAUUCCUUGGAAACUAUUUCGAGGGAAACUAUGGCAACGGCUUAGUGUGGCUGUGCUUGCUGCUGGGCCCUCUUCUGGCUGUGAUCACCUACUUUCACGACCACUACAUCAGCUUUCAUCACCAUCAUCCUCACCACUGACACCAGCACAGUUUUCCUGCUACCUCACUGAUCAAGGGGAGAAAUUCUAUCCUAUUGUACUGUAUUUACAAGUACACCAAGAGGAUAUGGCUGUGAUCCAAAGCUCAGUGAAGGCCAAGGAUCCAUUUUGAUGUCUGGAAAACCUUUUGGGGUUAUAAACCCAUGACCUCUUGCCAGUUCAGCUAUACAUAUCUAUGUUGUGUAGACUAAUUAAUGCCCCUUUUCUGUAUUGGAAAGGCUUGCAAAUUAUGUUACAAUGCUUCCUUACAAAUAUGUAUGCAAUUAACAACUGAUUUAGUAUAUUUUUUAUCUAAAUUUGUACAUCUGAAGUCCAGCUGGACAGCUUGUUGAAUGUAAGGUACUGCUCAGUAAAGAUUUGUGUGAUUA